ACAUUGAAUUUUGAAAAUAAAAUACAAUUCUGUUCAAAUAGUAUGUUCAAUUUCAAGAUUUUCUUAUCAAGUAUCACAACAAUACACACAAGAAUUUGAGUCAUGUCACUUUCUUCAAGGAGUUAUACAAAUCUACCACGAAUUUUGCAGAUAAAAAAUUUACUUUCUAACAUUGGUUAUUCUUUUCACAAUUCUGUGAUAAAAAAUGGCCCCAUUCAAGAUCGAAUUGAAAGCAAAUUGAAAUCAAAACUAGAUCCAUUAAAUUUGGAUGUUCAAAAUGAAAGCUCAAUGCACAAUGUACCACGAGGUUCGGAGACACAUUUUCGUGUAGUGAUUGUUUCGAAAAAAUUCGAUGGAUUAAACGCUCUGCAGAGGCAUCGAAAAGUCGUCAAAGUUUUACGCGAAGAAUUUCAAAAUAUUCAUGCAAUGGCAAUCGAAGCAUACACUCCUAUACAAUGGGAAAUGGAUCUGAAUGGAAAAUCUGAUUGUCGAUCACCAAGAUGUUUAGGUGGAUCAAAAUCAACGAAAUAAUAAUUUAUUGUAAAAAUUACUUAUGAUUAAAAUUCAUAUAAUGAUGAUAGUGAAAU